UUCAGGAAUCUUGACCAUGCUACAGAAUCUGGGGUUUGGCACUCUGUGUUCUCGUGCAGCCUCCAUGAGGCAACUCUCUAUAUGUAACAUUCGGCUUGUGCCGUGAAAUGUCACCUCCUCGCAUCGGUAUCCAUGACCCAAAUCCCACACUCACGUCCUCUGCCAUCCCCCCCGCCUCAAGACAACUUCCCCGCCGACCCUCCCUCCGACGUGUCUAUGGCUCCACUUUUUUCGAUUCCCUUCAUCAAGAAGAAGAAGACAUCUUCGAUUAUGAGUGACCAGAGCGGUGCCACAGGCCAGCAGCUGAGCAGUCCUUCCAAGUCUAUGCACGAUGCUGGAUACAUUGUGGAUGGGUUCGACCAGGAGCCUACUACAUCUGAACCUACUGCCGAAAUCGCAAUCCUCGGACUUACAGGAAGCGGAAAGACCACAUUUGUCAAUUUGCUUCUAAACAGCGACCGCAAGAUGAGCGUAGGCAAAGGCCUUCGAUCGUGUACUGUCGAGGUCCAAGAGGCUCUGAUCGAGAUUGAUGGACGGCGGGUCAUCCUCAUUGAUACUCCUGGUUUCGACGACUCGGCCCGCAGCGAUGCCGACGUCCUUACCCUGAUCGCCAAAUACCUCGCAGACAGAUACAACGCAGGCAGAAAGUUGGCCGGCGUCAUCUACCUGCACCGAAUUUCCGACGUCCGCAUGAACGGUGUUGCGCAGCGCACUUUCCGCAUGUUCCGCAAGCUCUGCGGUAAAGAGACGCUUUGCAACGUCGCGAUUGUCACCAAUAUGUGGAGCGAGGUCUCGAAAGACGUGGGCGAAGCUAGAGAACGGGAGCUACGGAACGGGAGGCGCUUCUUUCAGCCUGCAGUGGAGCGCGAUGCGGUGAUCCUGCGACACUCGAACACUGCCGAGUCAGCGAGGAACAUUGUGCGAGAUCUGCUCCGCAGGAGAGAACCCCGGCCGUUACGGAUUCAGAGGGAGAUGGUGGAUGAUAAGAAAGGCAUACCCGAGACAGAUGCUGGAGAAGAACUGGGCCGCGCCCUUGCUGAGCAGAUCAACAAGCACCGGAAAAACUUAGCCGCGGUCGAACGAGAAAUCCAAGGCGGGUUUACACCUCUGCUAAUGUCGGAGAGUCCUCUGCUGAUGAUUGAGUAUAUAGAUGCGCUUGCGAAAAAGGAUGAAGAGACUCGACAAGAGCUCGAAAUAGAGAAGGACAAACUCCAAUUCGAGAUUGAACGAGCUCAGGAAGAAGAGUUGAGGAUGGCAGUGGCCAUGAUCGACCUAGUCCACGCGCAAGGAGGACUAGAAGCUCGGCUCAAUCAAGAACUCCCCCCUACCCCGGUAACGCCUCGAGCCGAAGAGCGCACACAAGCGGAAGAAAAUCCACGAGCCGUCGACCGCAGUCGAAUUGAAGAGAAUAUCCCGCGAACGACCAAGACAACUCCGAAUGCGACUACGCCAGCUGUCCCCCUCAGACGUCCGACUCGGUCUACCACAAUGCCGCCGCCAGCCGCGUUGCAUCUGGAUCAACAGAUUCAGAAGGCUGUUGCUGUAGCGAACGGGGAAAUCAAAAGCAAUCCACCGACCUUGCCAUCACGAGUCAGUCAAAGCAAACCCAGCGUCCAGGCUCCAGACAAUGUUGGAUCCCCCUCUUCAUUGGAACGAAGUGCUGCAUUGAGACAACCGAUGAUGAGCUCAAACCGCCCGGGAAAGAGUGUGGAAGAACCCAAGGAAAAGGAGAAUGCCUCGUCGCCCGUCACACCCUCGGGCUUGGCGUCCAAGGCGAUCACGUCGUCCGCCUUUGCCGCCGAUUUCCCAGUGCUCCAGAACGAUAACGGUGUCAAGUGGACUCAUGCAUCCACCGCUGCAAACGCACAUUCUGUCGUCGUCAACGAGACUGUGUAUGCGCAUAGUUACUAUGUCGCGGACAGUCGGUACCCGCAGGUCGCAAAGCGAACGGAGUCUCAACUGCCAUCCGCUGGUCGCACUGGCAAGUUUCUGCAAAUGAUCUCAGAUCCUCACUACCGGGCCAAAGUGGAUAAGUCGGCUUUUAUUGCUGUGCUUGGUGCCACAGGCUCAGGCAAAUCCACAUUCAUCAAUUUAAUUUCGAAAGCAUCGCUAGGGGUCGGCAACACUCUCAAGUCUUGUACAAGCAAAGUCCAAGAGGCACCCACGAUCCAGAUCAACAAUCAGAUGGUCACUCUCGUCGACACCCCCGGAUUCGACGACACUACGCGCAGCGAUGCGUCUGUGCUCAAGAUGAUCGCCGACUUUUUCUGCAGGUUGUACAGGGACGGGAUGUCGGUCACGGGGAUCAUCUAUGUCCACCGCAUCUCGGAUAUCCGCAUGACCGGCGCUGCUCUGCGCAACUUGCGCAUGUUCAUCCAGCUCUGUGGGCCCGAUGCGCUGCGGAAUGUGGCGGUCAUGACCAACAUGUGGAGCAAAGUCAGGCCUGAGGUCGGCCAGAGUCGUGAGAAGGAGCUUUUCGCCGACGCCAAGUUCUUCGGGCCGGUCAUUAAAGCUGGCGCACGCCAAUUCCGGCACGACGAUUCCCUCGAGUCGUCUCUCCGAAUUGUCAGCUCGCUCCUGUCCAACCGGCCAGUGUUGCUUCAGAUACAGCGAGAAAUGGUGCUGGAGCGAAAGGCCGUCGCCAAAACGGCUGCCGGGAGAGAGCUCAAUCGCGAGUUGGCCGAGCAACUGUAUCGACACCGGGUUCAGAUGACUGCGCUCCAGAAAGAGAUCAAAGAUGCUAUCCAACAAAAAGACGAAGAAACCCGUCAAGAACUCGAGAGCGAACGCAGCAAGCUCAUGGUGGAAUACACCCGAGCUCAGAAUGAUGCCCGCGAGCUAUCGCAAUUCGUCGAGUCUGAUCUCCGCAAGACCAGCGAUAACCUCGCCAAGGCUGAAGCGAUGGUCUCCCGAUAAGUCAUCAUCCCCUAAAUAAUACUA